AUGGCUUUGCCAAGUGAUGUCAGUGUGGAAGAAAUACUCCUGGAAGAUGAUGAGCAAGACAGCAUAGAAUACCAGAUCCUAAUGGCCUACGCCCAGCGGCGAUUGUCUGUUAGUAAAUAUGAGAGACUUCUGAAAAAUGAGGCUGCAUACUCCUUCAGGAGAAAAGUAAAGUUUGUCAACCAAGGGAAUAAAGAUGGACCAAGACAAAUAGUUUUACAAGGCCCUGGGAUGCAACGGGACAUCAAAAAGCAACCGCUAAGUAAAUACUCGCUAGUAGAUUUUCCACCUUGCUCUCACUACAGCACAGAACCACAAUCCCAAACACGGUCAUUCUUCUUCAGACGCCAACAACGUUUGCAUAGCGAUGAGGUACUGUCUGAGAGCCUUCAAGAAGGGAAUUCUCAGCAUCAAACAAGUGAAGCAGCAGAUGUCAACCACAUUGCAGACAAACUUGCCAAGCUCGUUACUUCCAGAUCCCAUGAAUCUCCUUCCAGAUCCCAGGAAUCUCCUUCAGAUGUUUCGUUGAAGUUUGUACCUUGUAGCAAUGCCACUGAUGGAAGUGAGGGUGAGGAAUAUGAAGAAAAGAUAAUACAAACAAUAGUUUCACUGUUAAAAGAAUCAGGGGACCAACUAGAAGAAAAGCUAAAAAAGGACAGAUAUUUCUAUCAGUGUUUCCAAGACAUGCUGUCCUACACCUUCUUCAGGAGAAUCACUGAUCUAUUCCUGGAAGAUGUCUCAGCAGAUUCAAAAAAUGAGGCAGUAGGCCAAGUGCAAUGCACGAAAGUUGCCUUUACAAUGGAAAUUGCCACCAGACUUACUGCUGUGGACAAUCAUCCUAUGAACCUGGUCUUGGGCUUUGGAUUAAAGUACCUCAAAGAACACUUCAGGCCAUGGAUUCAGGAACAGGGUGGCUGGGAGAAGGCUUUGACAUCACUGAGUGAGGAAGAAGUGGAGUAA